UUCAUUGAAAAGAUUGUGAAGAGCAAGCUGGGGAUGAAUUGCCCUUUGAUCAUGCUUGGUUCCACCCUUAUCUAUGAGGUUGGUGAUGAUCUUGAAGAAGAUGUUGCUGCAAGUUAUAAUCAGAACCUUGACAAGGUGUUGGCUGAACUUCCGGCUCCAAUUAUUAGUGGAACGAUUGUUACAAUUGAAGAUCUUCAGCAAGAAUUCUCAUGCAAUAUUAGCAUCAAGCACAGAGAAGAUUUUGAUGAAGAAAAUGAGCCUGAUGGGAUGGUUCUAUCUGGAUGGACUUCAGCUCCUACUGAGAAAGACGACCGGAUUAAGAGCAAUGGGGAGAGUAGUUCCGCUGCUCUCGAAAAACUGGACAAUGCAGAUGAGGUUGAGAUAACAGCUGGCCGAGAACCUAUUGAAUCCAGUGGUUUAAAACGAAAGCACUUUGAAAUAUCAGAAAGACCAGACAAGGAAGCAUCAAUAGCUCACCACCCAGGCAGUAGUUCUGCGAAUCAAGGCAUGCCUCAAGACAUCGAUGAUAAUGAAGAGGAUGAUCUCGUAUUGCUAGAUGACUCUCCCGAAAUAGGUAAGAAGAAAAGGUUGAAAUGAAUAUAGUGCAACAUGCUAUUUGAUUUCGAUAAAUGGUUUUCACUCUUAAGAUAGUUGGUAGAGGUGUAUUCUUUCAGCUGCCGUUUAACUCUGGAACUAAGUUAGCGCUAACGCGAUCUCUGGCAUAGAAUCUGUGUAAUCUGAAAGCCCGAAUUGAUAAAAUAAUCUUUUUGUUGUAUUUUGGUUUAGAUGCCUGAGUAGUCUCUGGUUUUAACGCGCCUGCUGAAAGAGAUGUUAGGUGACUUUUAUGUAUGAUUUUUGAUGAAUCUUUGUGUUCUUGGUUUUUUUUUUCUCAUUUGUGGGUAUUUAGUCAGUAUCUGAGAUCAUUCUUCUAAUUUUUAUAUUUAUGAAGCUGCAGCAGAAGUGUAUUUGAGAGAAAGCAUACACAGUGAACUCGUUGCUUGUUUUGUUGUACAUGAAUAUUAUAAUGUGGCUCUACAUUUUA